CCGGUUGACGCGUGGCAGCUCAGGCCAGGGCCAGGCAGUUUCUCAGUUUUCGCAAUGGCGUCUCGUUGGAGAAACUUACUAUUUCUCUAUUUUAUGUUAAAUAUUUGGUCGAUUCGAGGAGAAAACACCAACGACGAUGUCACUAAGACAGCUAGAACUGAUAAAACAGAUACCUCCAAGGAAGUGGAUGGCGAUAGUGAGACGCCAAAAUCUAAUGGCCCCACUGAACACGCUAAGGGAUCAAUUUGCGGAUAUUGCAAAUACUGUCAAUUUUGCAGCUAUUGCGACAAAGAUUGUCCAUGUACGAAAAGCAGAUCCAAACCAAAUUGUCAUCUGUGCAAGUACUGCAAAUACUGCUAUCUAUGUUCUGCUCUUUGCAAAACUAUUUGUCAGCCAGGUGGUAUUAUAGACACAGUAUCAUCAAAGAUUUGGGAAUCUCUGCCUACUUUUGACACCAAAAUGAAAGAGUCAGUUGAUAAAGACAUUGACUCUGCCAAAGAAUGGAUCAAAGAAUACUUGUAGUUCAGUAGAUAUUUUAUCUGACUAUUUUUUAUUGAGAUUGUUAAUGCUUUAACAUAAAAAAAUCUUGGAAUGCUAUAUAAUGAACAAGCAUGAAGAGCAUUAAAUUCUAGUGUUUUGUAAGUAAUUUCAUGCCAAGAAUGUGAAUGGUUAAAUGUUGGGACUUGGGAAUAACAAACAUUGAACAAACUGAACAUUUCAUUCAAUGCAUAAAAACUAAUGCUUACAUAAGAAAACAAUGCAUGUAUGCAUCCCUUGGUUUCUGAUUCUACUUAAAUUAGUUUUGCCUGAGGUUCCUUAAUGAGCAAUACUAAAGGUAGUAUGUUCAACUUUUUCAAUAAAUCUCUCCUUGGAAAA